GUAAAUCGGUCACAAGUGCAUUGCAAGCUAAAAUAUCCCAGCAGGUGAUUUUUGUUGCUGAUUAGCGCCAUAUCCCACAAUGGACCAAUCAGCUGCUCGGUAAACCGCCGUAAAACCUCGAAUCUGUCCGCAGACGAAUGACAACAAAAGAGACUGAUAGAAGUCGCGCGCGCGAGACAGUGGAUUUUUUUCGCGACUCCGCCGUGAAGAUUUGCGGUUUUUUCCAUUUUGUUGCUCGCCGCGAAUAACGUCGGUUUGACCGGUGGUGAAAGCGUCGAGGAAUAUGAAGAGAAGAAAUGUCGAGUGUGGUAAGCUUCGGAGGCCCUUGAAACGCAACAAGCUCACUGAGGGGAUCUACGGAAGUACUUUACUUUAUCUAAAAUUUCUCCUACUAUGGGCCAUGGUAAUUUUGGCAGACUUCAUUUUAGAAUUCCGAUUUGAAUUUUUGUGGCCGUUUUGGCUACUUCUCAGAAGUGUUUACGAUUCUUUUAAAUAUCAAGGCUUGGCCUUCUCUGUAUUUUUUAUUUGUAUUGCUCUUACAUCAGAUAUGAUUUGUUUCUUUUUCAUACCAGUACAUUGGUUGUUUUUUGCUGCUAGCACUUAUGUUUGGGUACAAUAUGUUUGGCAUACAGAUAAAGGUGUGUGCCUUCCAACUGUGAUGUUAUGGUUACUAUUUCUAUACAUAGAAGCAGCAGUUCGAUUAAGAGAUUUGAGACAUAUGCCCUUUCAUUUGGAUCUUUGUCGACCAUUCGCAGCGCAUUGCAUUGGUUAUCCUGUAGUUACAUUAGGUUUUGGUUUUAAGAGCUACAUUGGCUACAGAAUGAGACAGAGAAAACAAAAAGAUGUAGCGAAGGAGAAUGAAUUCUACCUACAACUACUGCAGCAAGCACUGCCUCUAGAGCAACAAACUUCCACUACGAUACAACCGAUACAAGUUCAAUCACAAACACAUAUUACAACACUAGAGCAACAUGUUAAAUCACAAAAUAAUAAAUUAAAUUUGCAGUGCAAUCCAAGUCCUGAAAAAAGUAGAGGUAGAAGCAGUAAUAAUUCUGUAGAAACAGGUGUACAAAAUGGUAGUUUACAUAUAGGGACACAAAUUACAUCAACAAACCAAAAUGUAACAACAAAAAAUAAUCAUAGGAAGUCCUUAGACAAAGGUGAAAAGCAAGAAGAGCAACAUAAUAAGCAUAAUGUAACAAAUGUAUCACAAUCUGAUAAAAACGAUAAAAGAUUUAUACAUACAAAUGGGAAUACUGUUAAUCACAGUGAUAUGCAGUUCAUUGAAAGAGUUGGAUCAAUAAAUGAUUUUGAUGCCAAUGAAAUAGAGAAAGAUAAAUUUAUUAAAGGUGCAAAUUGUGGGCAUACUACAAUAAAAUCACAGACUAAUGGUUCUGUAACAGGAAAGUGGAAUAAUAUAAAAGAAAAUCGGGAAUCAUCGUCCACUGUUAAUACUCAACGUGAACGAAAAACACGUCAAGUGAAAGCCACGGUUGAUAAUAUAACUGAGCAGCAAAAGCAGCAAGACGAAUAUUGUCAAAGGUUACUGAUGUGUCGCAGGCUUGAAGCUGACAUAAAACGCUUGAAGUCAGAUCUGCAAUCCAGUCGACAACUGGAACAGGAACUUCGUUCCCAGAUUAGUUCUCUACAAAAUGGAGAACGUCAAGCUAAGGGUGAUAUACAGCAACUUCAGCACGAUAACGAUCAGUUGCAAAGCAAAUUAAAUGGAUUAGUAACAGCUCGUCAAUUAGAUAAACAAACAAUGUCUUCGUUGGAAAAACGAAUCGCAGAAGAGCGGAAACAGCGCACUGCUUGCGAAGCAUCUUUAGUUUCCGAGAGGCGAGCACGACGAGCUGCAGAAGAAGCACGAUCUGCAAUUCCGCCUCCACCUCCGCCACUUAUUAGACAAGAAUGUACAGAUACUUGUAAAAGUCGUAGGACACAAAUGGAACAAGAUCUCAAAAACUUACGGCGAGAACUUAAAACGAAGGAAGAGAGGUGCAACAUAUUAGAAAAAGAUGUAACUCGUUGUAAGGAAAAUCAUAAAGAGUCUGAAAUUUUACUCGGUGCACUAAAUGCGCUACAAGAUAAAACUGCGCAUUUAGAAGACAGCUUAAGUGCAGAAACGCGCAUAAAGCUUGAUUUAUUUUCUGCACUUGGUGAAGCCAAGCGACAAUUAGAAAUCAGAGAAAGUUUAAUUAGAUCUCAAGAAAAGGAAAUUGAAAUGUUAAAAGCAAAAAUAGCUCAAGAUUUAGCUGUGAUGCCACAAGAUACGUUUGGACCUGCGCCAACCUGUGCGACAUCUAAGCUUCGAUUAAAUAAUGAAGUACGAGUAGCAGGUACGAAAAUACGUUCAAAUGAAAGUCUCUGUCCAGGGUGUACAGUUUCAAAUUUGGAUCCAAAUGCGACAGCGUAUACACCUAAGAAUUCCCUAAUAGCGUCUACCGAAGCUUGAAGAAACAAUUUUUGGCCACAUUAUGACUUCACAAAAGUUGGGUAUAUAUUUCAUAAACAUGUUUCAGUCUGUUUCUCAAUGGAAGUAUAAAUAUGAAUUUAUGUUUUAUACGUGCAUAUACUUGUUUUAUUGAAAUCAAAGUUUUGUAUUUAAAAUCCGUAGGACUAAUGAGACGUAAGAUCUUUUUAACACUUAUAAUGUAGAAUAUUUGUGUAACAUUUGCUUAAAAAACGUGGCUCAUGCUAUAAAUUUGUCAAAUUUCAUAACAGGAGAUAUCUUUUAUAAAUGUCUUCCAUGGGAGGCUUCUAGAAACAUGUUUUAUAUCGUACUUGUCACCUGAACUAAUACAACGUUAUUAACUACUUAUGACCAUGGGACGUGACUAAUACUAAAUUAAAAAAGUAUUUAAAAAUUAGUUACGUUCUGUUAAACGUGCUGUAGGUCGAUCUAACAGGUACCUUCUUCAUCUUUUUGGUACUUGCAACAGAUGUAUUAAGAAGAAUUAAAACUAAAGUGAGGCAACAGUGACACGCGUAAUCUAGUUAUAGAUAAUUAUUAAAUUUUAAAUUAAAUUUAGUACUUCUAUUUAGAUGGUAACGUUUGAUAAAUUUACUGUUGACGUUUAACAGAAAACUGUAUAUUUUACUAAUUUUUUAUAGCGUUCGAAUUAUAUCGAUUUUCACAUAACACUUUCUAUUUAAAAAUACCAUAAUGUAGAUAUAAAGAGCUAGAAAAACGAUAUAAAUUGGAUCGACGAACGACUAGCGGCAUAUCUUAUUUGUUAGAAGCAUAGAAAAAUUGAAGACUCAAUCUGUAUUUGAUCCUCCUACAGCAUAUGCCUAAAUCUAUGACGACUUGUUAUAGACACAAAUCUUGUUCAAGUCGUAAUCCGAAGCUAGUCCAGCAUACAAACUGUAUUUAAUGUCUUUGGCAAAUGAAGCCAUUUUAAGUCAUGUGAUCAUCCAAAACCAGCCAUUAAUACACAUUGAAAAACCUGCCGUUAUCAUUUGAGAGGAUUGAUGUAAAUGUUAGAAACGCCAAAUUUAUUUUGAAAUAAUCACCAACGUAUUGAUUCUCUCUCUCUCUCUCUCUCUCAUAUUUCUCUACAUUUUUUAUAUUUUUUAAAUGUCUCUGUAAACCUUUUUAGUUUAGUGGUACAAUUGUGUAUUGGCUUUCGAACGGUGCGAAAUAAGUGUUAAUGUUUCAUAAUGAUUUUUUGAAACGUGUACAGUGUUUUAUGUGAUAGAUAGAAAUUUUGUAAACAAAGGAAUUUUUAAGUUAAGUAUAUUAUAAUUGGUAAUGAAGGGAUAGAUUUAUUUUACCCAAUUUGUUUGAUGAGCUUCAAGAGAUAAACUAAUGUGUAAUGCCACGCGCGCGUUUAUUUAUGUACUGAACUGUUAAAUCGUACAUAUAGGUAAUCGAAUCAUUUUUCCAAAUUGAACUUCUAAUUUUUAAUAGCGUUAUUAAUAUUGGAAUUAUACGGUUUUUCAUUGAGCAGUCUGGAGGAAUGAAACAGAUUUUUUUUUAAUUUAUCCGCAAACGUCUUCCUUUCACACAUUUGAUGGAUACAUUUAAUGUAUAUAAUGUGUGUCCCUUUUAUAAUAUUAUAAGUUUCGCUAUUAUCAACCAGCGAUGAUGUAAUUUAGUAAAAGUUGAUUAUCAUUGACUAUUUAUAUAAUAUAUAUUACUUACGCGAUACGUCGUUUCUCUUUCUCUUUCAUCGUUUUUAUACUACUUUUUACAUACCUGAUUUAUAAGUUUAAUGUUGAAAACAUUAAAUUCAUUUUUUAUAAUUUUUAAGAGUAAUAUAUUAAACACCGAACGAUGUGUAUGUAUAAGAAUUAAUUAUUAACACUUGAAUAUUUUGUAGAAAAAUAAUUGAAUUCUCUUUAAAUCUUUUUCAUUGAUGAAGUAUUAAAAGAUUAAGAGCAACAUUAGAGUUUAUAUCAGCAUAUUCUUUCUAAGGUAUAAUAAACAAGUUAAUUCCUUCACAAAAAAAUAGUUGAGAUGCAAGUUUUAGGAAAAGAUGGCAUUACGUAUAAAAGAUCUCUAGAAAAAGAUGUGAAUUUUAUAUAUGCUUUAAAUCCGCAAGAAAGCCAGUACCUGCUUGCUCCAAUGAAUAUUAAUUAACGACUGGUUGAUAUCAUAAAAGUCAUUCUUCCAUGAUUGUAUAUAUAAAGCACUGUCAUGACAAUUUAUUAAUAACAUAGUGGAUCAUGACCAACUAGUCAAAUGAAUUUCUAUAAGCACAAAUAUUUAUUAAAUAUCUAAUAUUCAUUUGAUAUUUCUGUCCUUACAUGAAAAAGCAAUAACAAUUACUGUUUCUUCUCAUUAAUUAAAAUUAUAAAAGAUUUAUCGAUAUUAUCAUCAAACUGUUAAGUUUAUUAAUUAAUUUUGUGUUUCUUGGAUGAUCCACGUACUAAAUAUAAUUGCAAAAUGUUAAUGCACAAUGCAUAUGUUAUAAAACUAUUUUUAUUUUACAUUAAAAUGUGGAAUUUUCAUCAUUUUUGCUUAAAAAAUUAAAAGCAUAUCAAUACAAAAGUCAUAUAACUCUGAGAAAACCUAUGCUUCAUAUUUCUUUUUUAUUUUACUAUAUAAACAGUGCUGAUCUUUUUUCGUUCCUAGAUUUACAUAAAAAAUAUUAAAAAUUUAAUAAUUCACUGAUGUUGGCAAUUAAACUGUAGGGGAAUAAUGUGCUUACUUUAAUUUUGUUAAUGCUUCUUUAUAUAAGAUUUAUAAAGGAAACGAUACAGUUCAUUUUACACACGCUAAAAUUCGUUAUUCCAUCAAUAAUUAUCAUCCGACUGGUAUGGAAAUUUGUUUUAUCAUUAAGAUUAAUUUCUUUAUAGUUAAGAUCAAUCAGACUUGUGUCUAUGUCAACUUGUAUCAUUAUGUGCAUAAGCCUUUAUAAUGUAAUGAAACAGUGUAAAUAAUUACUUAAAAUAGACUAAACGCAAAGCAAAACUUACUAAAAUUGUUUGGGCACUUGCGUAGCAUAGUUAAAGCACAUUAUAUAAAAUUAAUUAGUUUAAUUUAUUUUAAGUGAAAGUUCUAUUAACUCAUUUAUGAUUGUAAUUUUUUAAUCGAUUUUCUAAUCAUAUUAUUUUAAGUCAAAUUUGAAAUUCAGAAAAAAUUAAAUUGAAAUUGAUUGCUUUCAAUAUACAUCAUUACUUUACCACAGUAGCAAAGCAGAAUCAGUAUUAUAACAAGAAAUGUUAUGAUAAAUAAUGAAUUAAACGAAUUAAAAAUAUUAAAUAAAAUAUAGUAAUUUCUAAAUGAUGUUUCAACUUAAUAGAAAUUAUUUAUCAGAUAAAUCAUUUAAAAGAUAAAUAAAGAGAAUAUUAUGUAAAUGAGGUAAAAAAGAUAUUGAAUUUUUGUUAAUUACUUUUUUUUAUUGAAUAUACAUACAGUUGAGUGUAAUGCAUUAUAUAAAAAAGAAAUUUGAUAAUGUUUUUAAUGCAGAACAUAAAUGAGUUAAUUUGACAAAAGUGUAAAAUGCUUGUAUGGAAAUAUCAUUUUGAAAAACGAAUGCUUUUCUUUUCAAGGUAUUGCAUUAUCAAGUGCACAUUAAGUACCUGAUCAGGGGAUGCCGUAAUAUUUGCGGCUAAUAUACUUAUCAUGGAUUUAAUUCCACUAUAAGGCUGGUUUCGCGAAUAUACUCUUGCUAUUUAAUUAAUAUUGUUUGUAUUGAGUUAUUGUGAUAUAUUUUAUAGGCAUAUAUACACGCACAUGACUUGGCACAUGACAUUCAUAUUCAUGCUGUAUAUGUUCAUUUAACUUUCAUAUAGCAUAUACACGUACAUUUAAUUGUUUGGUAUAGAACAGCUUGGGGUUAGUUGUCUAUGUUUAAUUACAUAUGUAAUAGCUUACGAAGAAGCAUUCUUUCUAUGUGACUCGGGGCGACUGCAUAGUAAUUGCACCUCACAUUUGUAAGGAAUUGUAUGUUUCAUGUCGUACUUUGUAGUGAAGUACUUUGUAGUAUAUUAUUUGAAAUGCAUUGAAAUAACUUCUCUAUGACAAUAACGAUAUAUUGCUUUUGUUAUGUAUUUAAAUGUUUUCGAAUGAAGUAUAAAAAUUUGUUACAAAAAGUACUUUUUUAAUUUAAAAAGGAAAGUUUGAUUUAGAAUUCAAGUUAAUUUUAUGAUAGAAUAUUGUAUUGUGAUUAAUAAUUAUGUUUUGCAACAUAAUAUUUCUUUUUUAUGUUUUUACUUAUUGUUAUACUUUUGUAAUUUUGUAAUGAAAUUAUAGAUAUGAUGAAUAAUUGAUUAACUAUGAAACAGUGAAGAAAUUUAAAAAGGAAAAUAAUGUUACUGUAUUUUAACAAUCAUAUCUUGAAAUUCUGAUGUUGCUGUAUGUAUAUUUUUCAUACUACAGCUAAAUAAUAAAAUAUGAACAUAAUUUAAAAUAUGUACAUAUUUUUACAAUCAAAUUUUACAAAAAUUGGAUUGUUUGUUUCUAUUUGAACGCUUUAAAGUGCGUUAAAAUGUAUAUACAUAAUUAUAUUUAUUACACGAUUCGUGGAUAAAAUUUUUCUCCUAAAAAUAGAACGCAAAGUACUUGAUUCGUUAUGUUUAUGAAAUUUUAUAAAUAAACAAUUAUAAAAACGAGAUGUUAGGUGUACAGUAUAUAAUGAUCUUUUGGAAGUGUAUAAUAUUGCACAGUCAUGUAAUGUACUUGUAUAUGCAUGUGAUAUAUUAACGUCAUCCCUAUGAUAUUAUGUGAUUUUUAUUGUAAUAAAUCAAUUAAUGAGUUUAUUAAGAUGAAAUAAUACUGCAUUAGGAUGAUAAUCAUUUUAACGGUUUUUUUCCUUUUUUUAAUUUAUUUAUUAUCGUCACACGUAUUGACAAGAAAGAAACAAGACUAGAAGAAAUUUAAUUACUUUAGGCAGUUUGCUAUAUUAAGACUUUUCAUUCGUAUUUUGUGGAACAAAUAAAGUAUUUUUUUUACUCCGUAGAUGAGAAACGUGUAAAGUUUGACGGUGAUAUAAAGAAAGAGGAGAUUGAAAAAAUGUAUUUUAUCAAAAGUAACGUGCAUCGUGAUUGUGUGAGUUAAUAAGAAAUUAUUAGAUCUUUCUGAAAAUGACCUUGUGUAUGUGAAAAUAUGUUUUCAAGAACAUGCACCGUUAUGUUUUAUAGCUGUACUAUCAUCGCGAACUAUAUGUUUAAUACGAUUCCUUAAAGCGUAUUAAUACAUAAUUGAAGGAACGUGAAACGUUUUAGAUAGAAAGAAUAUACUUACACAUAUUCAGAUAUAGUGACAAAUUUUUCUUUCGUUUUAAACAAUUUCAUAAGAAUACAACGCGUAGUUUUCGCAUCUCAUUAUUUGAAGACUACAGGGGAAGAACAUGAUAAGACAUUUCCUAUUUGUUUUACAGGAAAUCAGUUUUAAAAUUCAGUACAUUGAGGAUCGAAUCAUGUCAUCAAAAAGUACGAUACUUUUAACAAUGUUUAAUAAAUAAAACAAUUUUCCAAGUCCCAUUUUUAAAAUUAUAUUCAUAAAAAUAUGAAUUUACAUAAAUAUGUGCAGUCUAUUUAUCACGAUUUUCUCCUGUGAUCUUCGUUUAUAAUUGUACAUUCGCUUCUCUUUCUCUCUUUUACUUUAGCGUUUAGAUAAUUUUCAAAAUCCUGUUAAGGUAUGUACCUUAAGAAAGAAAGAAAAAUGAAAAAAAUGAUUUUGAUCUCGUAAUGUGAUGACAAUGCACGCAAAUGCCCUUCUCUUCUCCAUGCGUUCAUAUUUUAAAGAAAGAAAGGAAAACGUCUGAUCUUUUAACGUUCUUCGUCAUCCCAUUCUCGACUAUUUGAAUCAUUUCAGUUCGAAUAGAAUGGCCGGCAUUACACUGAAAUUGGUCUAGUCUGUAUGAAUGUGCGUAGUUCAUUAAGAACAAGCUGAGUGGAACAUUUUUACGAUUUAUUUAAGCGAACUUUGCGAAACAAAAAUAUACUUUAUUAAACUCCCUGUCUCUCGCAUAAAAGAUAUUUAAAAAAAGAAAGGAAACGUCUUGCUUGAAAGAUGAGAAUCUUUCGAGGCGGAAAUUUCGUUUUUGCGUAACUUCUAUACAAUAAAUCAGAAAAUCUUACGUGUAGACAUGUAAGUAAGUAAGUACAUUAUGGUUGUUGGUUUUUUUUUUAUUCAUACAUAUACUUUUUUGUAAUUAUAUAUGUUGAUCUCGGAAGUAAAUUUUUCUACGUCUUUAUGUCAACGGCUCAAUUAAUAUUAAUCUGUUCUUUUCUUUUUUUCCUUCGUUUUUAAAAGGUGCACGUAAUACUUCGAUGAAAAUACACAUCGUUGCUAAGGAAUAUCGUUGAAAAAAACGGUGACAAGAUUAUAUUUCCUCGAUUGAGUUUUUAAAUACUUCUAUAUCAUAGUUUUUAGGUGGUUAAAAAGGUAUUCAUACUCAAAGCAUACCUUCUAAUGAAGAAUAUUUAUUAAAAUUUCAUUCGUUUCGUAAUUUUUUUGAAUUCUUCGUGCAUGAUGAUGAAAGGAUUACAAAUACAUCGAUCACGAUGUUGAUACGACAUAAUAGGCAAAAAAGAUGUUCAUUCUUCUCUUAAUUGCAGCACAGUGAAUUACAAUUUGGAUAUUCGUGCAUAUUUAAAAACUCAAAAUGUCUCAUAAUAUUUUCAUACGUAAUAAAUAUGAUAUUUUAGUAUGCAUAAACAGUACUUUCUCCCAAUCUUGUUACAUUUUUUGUAAAUAAAUUCUACACUCUUUCCUUUAUGCUAUAAGAUUUAAAAGAAAGAAAGAAAAAAAGGAAAAAAAAUAGGUACUUCUUGGUAUUGGUACUUAAUGACUUUUCAUUGUGUACUAUGUACCACCAUUUAUACGAUAGAAAUAUUUAUUAAAAUAAAUAUUGUAAAAUGACACGUGUAUAAUUUAUAUAUUAUAAUUAAUAUGAUUAAAUUGUCACGUGUACAUAUAAA